AAUCGCUCCAUCACAAGGGUAAACGGCUGGCGUACUUCUAACCAUUCUGGUUUUCACUUCCAGGACAGUAUGUGGUAAAUUACAUGAGAUAUCAGCACUUUAUUACAAAAUAAGACUUUGAUUAAAUUAUUUUGCCCAACUGUGGGCUAAUGUAAGUGUUCUGAGCACAUUUAAAGUUAGUCGAAGCUAGGAUUGGUACCUUAUGUAUACUAAAUGCAUUUCAACCUAGGAGGUUUCCAAUUUAGGCUGGGCCCAUUGGAACAUCACCCCAUCAUAAGUUGUGGUAGAUAUGUAUGUAUCCAGAAACGGGCACAGUCAAAAGUUGGAACAACAUCAAUAUUGUAAUACUAGAAAUCUCAACUCCCCACUAGAAAUUGCCAUGCCUGGAGCUAUUUCUCUGAGGUUACAGGAGAGGGGAGGCCCCUCAUCUACUAGUUUUCACAGAGUGGCGGGUGGCGGUACCACCUCUCAGCCCCACCUCCUACCCGAAGGUGGCCCCAAAUCCCCUCUGAAAAGGUAGGGUUCAGAUAUCAGCAUAACAACCUACAAGACAUAGGGUGGGGUGGAGAAGGUUUGGGAGUCUUAGAUCAAAUGUCUUAAAUAAGGCAGGACCAGGUGUCCCCAGUACAAAACAGCUGGGAAGGACCUCCAUAGACUCCCAUUUUGGAUUAGACCAGCACCAGGCAUGAAAGAAGACUGUCCACAGCAUUUGGAUUAGUCAUGGCAGUGAAGAGGAGAAGACACACAGCACAGGCUGUGCCUGGCAGGGAGUCUGGAGUUUCUGGUUUCCCAGUUCUGGAAGGCGUGAGCCAGGGGAGGGGCCUCCUGGUAGGGGGAGGGCGGGAAUCUGAGGCAGGGCCCCAGUCAGCUAUGCAAGGCUGCGCAAGCAGAGGCAACACAGAACAGGAGGAUCCCAUCGCCUUCCUGGAGCUCGGGAGAGGAGAUACUCCAGCUUUGAUCGCCUACUUCCACACUCCUGCUCGAAGAUCGUAACUCCCAUUUGCUAUUCUGAAGCAUCUGCUUAUCCUGUACCCCAAGGAUGGAACCACAGCUAGGAGUGAAAAUUGGCUGCUUCUUUACCCUGCUGAUUCUCACCCUGGUCUGUGGCCUUAUUCCCAUCUGCUUCAAGUGGUUCCAGAUUGAUGCUGCCACAGGUCGUCACCGCCGGGUCCUCAGCCUCUUGGGCUGCACCUCUGCUGGUGUUUUCCUGGGAGCAGGGCUCAUGCACAUGACUGCUGAAGCCCUGGAGGGAAUUGACUCAGAGAUUCAGAAGUUUAAGAUGCAGAACAGGACAGAAAGGGAGGGAAAUGCUUCUGAUGAUGCUGAUUCAGCUCAGAUGGAGUAUCCCUACGGAGAGCUCAUCAUCUCCCUGGGCUUCUUCUUUGUCUUCUUUCUGGAGUCGCUGGCACUGCAGUGCUGUCCUGGGGCUGCUGGAGGAACGACAGUGCAGGAGGAGUGGGGUGGGACUCAUGUCCUUGAACUCCACAGCCAUGGACCCCCACCCUCACCCUCAAAGGGCCCCUUUCGGGCCCUCGUCCUCUUGCUCUCGCUCUCCUUUCACUCAGUGUUUGAAGGGCUAGCCGUGGGGCUGCAGCCAACAGUAGCAACCACCAUUCAGCUCUGUCUUGCUGUCCUGGCUCACAAAGGGCUCGUAGUGUUUGGGGUUGGACUGCGGCUGGUGCGAAUAGGCACUAGGUCACGAUGGGCCAUGUUGUCCAUACUGUCAUUAGCUCUCAUGUCCCCCAUGGGCCUAGUCCUGGGGCUGGCUGUGACCCAAGGGGACUCUAAAGUGGGGCAGGGCUUAGCCCAGGCUGUGUUAGAAGGUGUGGCAGCCGGCACCUUUCUGUAUGUCACCUUCUUGGAAAUUCUUCCCCGGGAGCUAGCUGGCCCUGAGGCCCCUCUGGCCAAAUGGGGCUGCGUAGCCGCUGGUUUUGCCUUCAUGGCCUUUAUUGCCUUGUGGGCCUGAGAGAUUCCUGAUUUUUCUGAUGGGCCUAUCUAGCAUGGCCUUCCUACCCUUGGGAGACACUUCCCAAAUGGGUUUGGCCCUCCACUGAGACUAAGUGACAUUCAUUAGGCAUCACCCUCAUGAACUGGACCACAGCUUUCUCCUACAUGAGAAUCCAUUUCUCCAGGACUGAGAAGAGGACGUUUAGGUUGAGUGCCUCUAAAUUGGAGAAUUGAUAUGAAGACCAUCACUCUAGAUUUAACUCUUGUCCCAUUUUUGCUACUGUGUAUAAUAAAAUGUCCAUUUUACCCUUCCC